AUGGUACGCGCUGGAGACAACCGGGACGAUGACCCGGCCCCAAAGCACCCGAUUGUGCUCGCGCACGGUCUACUUGGGUUUGAUGAGCUUCGACUGGCAGGGCCCUAUCUCCCCGGUGUCCAGUAUUGGCGCGGAAUCAAAGAAGCUCUGACGGCAAAAGGUGUGGAAGUAAUCACAGCAACAGUGCCCCCCUCGGGCUCCAUCGAAGAACGUGCGGAGGAACUGGCGCGCGAUAUUGAAAUCGGGGCGCAAGGGAAGGAUGUGAAUAUCAUUGCUGGUCUGGAUUCGCGCUACAUGAUCAGUCGUCUGCAGCCGCAGAAAUUCAAGGUCUUGUCGCUCACGACUAUUGCAACGCCUCAUCGAGCUAACUCAUCCUCCUGGACAGGCUCUGCGGUAGCGGAUUUCUGUUUUGACCAAAUAGGAACCGAAAUUUUGCCUCAAAUCUACUACACUCUCAACAAACUCAACGUUUCCACUGGCGCCUUUGCCCAGCUGACGAGAAAAUUCAUGUCCGAGGAAUUCAACCCGAACACGCCAGACAUUGAUGACGUCCGAUACUUUUCUUACGGGGCAUCAAUCCAACCGAGCUUCUGGUCUGUCUUUCGACUGUCGCACCGGAUCCUGACUGAAGCAGAAGGUCCCAAUGAUGGACUCGUCAGUGUGGCCAGCAGCUUGUGGGGAGGUGAAACGGGAUAUAAGGGGACGUUGGUGGGAGUCAGCCAUCUCGACCUGAUCAACUGGACAAACCGAUUGAAGUGGUUGGCGGCGGAGUUGACGGGCCAGCCGCGGCAAUUCAAUGCGAUUGCAUUUUAUUUGGAUAUCGCAGUCGGCAUGGUAGAUAUGCUGGCCAAGGAGGGUCUAUGA